CAAGAAAUGAAAAAAUUUACAGAUGUCGAUAGGACAGGAGUAUAAUAUGCCGAAAAUGAACUUUUCAUUUUGAUUCAUGCAGAUAGCUACUAAUGACUAGAUGAUUACUGGACGGGAAGAUCUGCCAUACACCGAGAAUUUUGGGGUUGAAGUUGCUCGUCGUUAACGAAGUUGCGAAUUCAAUAUGGCAACCGGAAGUUGGAGUCACCCUCCUCGGCCAUUUGAUGAUGUAGAUGUGGAAGCGAUCGAUACACUGUCCCUUGACUUUGGACGUUUUGAAAGAGUUAACAGAUGGAAAGGAAUGCCGGAAUGUGACGAAUUUGUUGGAGCAAGACGAAGCAAACAUACUCUUGUUGCCUGGAAUGAUGCAUUGUAUGUUUUUGGUGGUGACAAUGGAAAGAGAAUGUUAAAUGACAUAUUGCGAUUUGACAUCAAAGACAACUCAUGGAGCAGAGCAGUAACCAAAGGAACUCCACCAGCACCUCGCUAUCACCACUCAGCUGUAAUAUUUGGAUCCCACAUGCUGGUGUUUGGAGGGUUUACAGGUGACCUUUACUCAAAUUCUAACCUACAAAACAAGAAUGACCUAUUUGAAUACAAAUUCAGUACUGGGCAGUGGUCCGAGUGGCGCUUAGAAGGAAGAUUGCCUCCUGCAAGAUCUGCACAUGGUGCAGCAAUCUAUAAGAACAACUUGUGGAUCUUUGCUGGUUAUGAUGGCAACAAAAGGUUAGAUGAUCUUUGGACCAUUUGUUUGACAGAUCCUAACCCAGUGUGGCAGGAGGUGCAGCAAUCGGGUGACAGGCCACCCACUUGUUGUAACUUUCCUUUAGCUGUUGUGAGGGACAGUAUGUUUGUGUUCUCUGGUCAAAGUGGAGCAAAGAUUACAAAUGACAUGUUUGAGUUCAGUUUCUUGGAUCAUAGGUGGACUCGUAUUCCUUCUGCGCAUCUGUUACGCGGUUCACCCCCUCCCCCUCAGAGGCGUUAUGGUCAUAGCAUGGUGCCAUUUGACCGCUAUUUGUACGUGUUUGGAGGAGUUGCAGAUAAUACGUUACCAUCAGAUCUAUACAGGUUUUCUCUUGAUGAUAAAUCUUGGGAGGUUGUUCAACCGGCACAAGAUAGUGAGGUUCCGUCAGGACGCCUCUUUCAUGAUGCGGAUGUUAUCAACAAUGAGAUGUAUAUAUUUGGUGGCACUAUUGAUAACAACAUACGAAGUAGCGAACUGUACAGAUUUCAGUUGGCGAGUUAUCCCCGUUGUACUCUCAGGGGUGAUUUUGGUCGGUUGUUGGACAGUAAACAGUUCUGUGAUAUGGUCUUCAUUGUUGGCAAGGAAGAAACUCAGUUCCCGGCCCACGCGGCCUUUGUUGCGGCUAGGUCGCCGUGGCUGAGGAAACAACUGUUGCGUGCUAGGGAAAAGUUGAAGAGAGCAAAUGGAGACAGAUAUCAGGAUCAAGAAGUGGGAAAACCGGAAGUAAAGCUGCCGGAAGUCGAAGUUCAGUCCUUUGCGGUGACGCUUCGUUAUAUGUAUACAGAUUGUAUUUUCCCAUUAGUGAAAGAUUGCCAGGGUUCACAGGAAAUAAGUCUGAUCAUGGAUGUGUACAGGUUGGCCCUAAAGCUUGAGAUUGGUGCGCUUGAAGCGCUUUGUGUACAGUACAUCGAGUCUUCCAUCUGUCAAGAGAACGUUCUUGUAGCGCUCGAUAGCGCCGCCCGGCUGCAGCUGGAUCCACUAAAGGAUUUCUGCCUUCGUUUCAUUGUUCGUGAGGCAAACUACAACAACAUCAUUAUGAGCAAGAAUUUUGAGUCUGUACCUCAGAAACUUAUGGUUGAGAUUAUCCGGAGACGGCAGGUUCCACAGGCGAUGGCUCAUGUUCCGGGAGAAAAUCAGUGCAGAUCGACGCACCCAGAAAAGACCCUACAACAAGACAUGAUGGAGUUUUUCCAGGGCGCGCGCGGUGAGGAUUUCCAUGACAUCACUUUGAUGUUGGACGGGGAACCAAUCGGAGCACACAAGGCAGUGUUGGCUGCAAGAUGCAGUUACUUCGAGGCAAUGUUUCGAUCAUUUAUGCCCGUGAACAACACUGUAACAAUUACAAUUGGCGAGACGAUUCCGUCGCGAAAGUCAUUCAACUCUCUCCUUCACUACAUUUAUCAUGGUGAUGUAUCAAUGCCUCCGGAGGAUUCACUAUAUCUUUUGUCUGCUCCUUAUUUCUUCGGUUUCACCAACAACCGCCUUCAGGCAUUCUGUAAACAGAACCUUGAAAUGAACGUUUCAUUUGAAAAUGUAGUCGAGAUUCUCGAAGCGGCUCAUAGGAUUGGAGCUGCGGACAUGAAGAAACAUGCUCUGGAUCUUGUGGUUGGACAUUUUGUGAAGGUCGCCAAAUCUCCAAACCUCAGGAGACUAAGCCGAGAUCUACUCCUAGAGAUUCUGGACGCCAUAGCAGACUAUUUAAAAGAUUCAAACAUUGCUGUUCACCCACGGUGAGGAGUCUUCCGCCAAGAUCACUUCAAAUCAGCAUGCUACAGUUGUUUUCAAGAUGGGACUGGAUUUCCACCUUGUAAGUCGUCUGGCACAGCCUGCCGAAGUCUGGGCACAGCUCAAGGGAUCCUUGGAUGUGGGUGAUCCAUUUUUAUCAGGAAAAGUGCCCUAUUAGGCCCAACCUCCUGGGAAAUGCCGCUUACGCUCCUGCAUGACGAGGCAAGGACGAGAGGAAGGAGAAGAUCGUACCAUAAUGGAGCUCAGUUCAGAGACAGCUGGGCCUGUCCAAACUUAGUUUCUAUGAAAGUUUACGCAUUCUUAUCAUUGUUGGAUGUUUUAAAACCUUGAGGAUUUAUUUAUUACAAACCGGAGAGGUUAACGGAGCAUUUUGAGAUAACAACUUUCUCUAAUAUCUUUGUUUGUAAUUUCAGUUUAUUUUCAGGGUUUGGAACAACUCGUAAAUCACAAUUUCAAAGGUUGUUCGUGGUGAUUCGUGCCGCUAACCUAGGGAGCAUCAAUUGUUUGAUGACAACGAUUUUGAAAAAAUUUGAGUGAGAAGUGUUUUUUUUUCAUUUGCAUUUGAAAAAUUAGACUCGUUACACAAAGCUUGGGCAGGUGCAUCUUAGUAUUUCCGCUCUUUGUCCCUUAAUUUUGAAUGAUAAACACCUCUCGGGAAUAUAUUGGAGUUUCUCCACCGUUCGUAAUUUAACAUUUUUUGGAAUUAAUUACUAGUCAAAAAUAGAUUUUCCCUUUUUUAUUUCAAAACCUGAGUUUAUCGCUGGGAUAUCGGUUCCACAAACAAUGUUCUAUAUUCAAAAAUUAAAAGCGUACGAAUGUUGAGUUUAAGUAUUGAGACGAAUGCAAAUAGUCGGCGACUGAAGAUCACGGUUGCCAAGUUUGUUUGUAUUAUCUGUCAAAUAUCUUCCUCUGUUUUCUUACCCAGAUCAUAGCUAUGGUAGUGUCAUCUUGCGGACAAAUAAAAAUUAUUUCCUAUCUGUAUGUCGUAUUUUACAAGAUAUUCAUACUAUGAAAAAACGAACGCUCUAUCCGCAAAACACCGUUUAAUACCUUUCACUUAUUCCUGUAAUAAAAAAAAUUUACAAUCAUCAAAAAUUUUAAAGUUUACUUCGUUGUCAUCCAAUGUAAAUAAUGUCGCUGGUUGAAUAUUCGGCUAGCUAUGUUUUAGAUUCAUCAUUAUCACUGAUCGAUGUCUACCAUCUUAGGUUCUGUUCUUGUAGUCGCAAUCUGCGGUUGGAUCCUUCUUAAAAAUGAAUGUUGCGGCCUAAGAUAAAUCAUUAAUGGAAUCACUGGCAAAAGUUUUCAAAACAUCGCGGAUGCUUCUCAUUUGUAAUAAAAAAGGAAUAAUUUAAGAUCUAGUCUUGUCGACGGACGAAAUCAGAUUAAAA